GCCGAGGGUUUGGUUGCACAUAGGCUGCAGUUUCAGUUUGUUUUAUUCACCAUUUUGAGUAGCUGAAGGCACACAAAAAAUAAGAAUAUUAGCGUUUGGAGGACACAUCGGUGCAGUACUUUUAUUUUUACGCGCUCGCUCGCACGGUGGAGUUGUGCUCCAACCUCGGGGUUUUUUUUUUGCAGAGCGGGAAUCUCUAUAUUUCUUUUUUUCCCCUUCUCCCCCUGUGUGCUUCUUCCCCCUUUUUUCUUACAUCCUUUAACCUCUACAGUAUUCCUGCAAAAUGUCAAGACCAGUAAGGAACAGGAAAGUGGUGAACUACUCACAAUUCAACGAGUCUGAUGCAGAUGAGGAGUAUGGGGAGAAUAAGCCUAAGAAGGUGCGUGCCCCCCCACGUGAGCCCAAGCAGAAACGCGUAAAGAACUCACAGGAUGACAGCGAGGAGUCUGACGAGAAAGUCACCAAACCCAAAAAUGACUCAGCAGAUGACUUUGGCAGCAACGAGGAAGACAACGAGUUUGCAGAGGAGGAAGGAUCGGAUGAGGACGGGGGAAGUGACUACGAGGAAAAGAAAGGGAAAAAGGGGAAGAAAGCGAAGGUGGAGAAGCCCGCCAAGAGAGGACCGAAGAGAAAACGGCCUGCAGGUAACGUCCAGUUCAGUUCCUCUACAUGUCCACCUGAGCGUCUUUGA